AUGGAGCCCAUAACCAAGGCUGGUGGGUGUCCGACUUCAACCUCAGGGCCCAGCAAGACCAGAGCGGGGCCUCCUCCGGCCUUCGAACGCAGAUCAUUCAUAGACAAGGUCAAAAGGGCUCUCACUCCCCUCGACGCUUCUCAUGGCGCUUUGGCCGAACAAAUCGUCGUCUACGGUCCACACGGUGUUGGUAAGCGGCACAUCGCCAUUCAAGCUGCCACCGAAAUCUGCGCCCGCGAUGGACGAAAACUGCUCCUUGUCAAUGCGCGGACCUACGAGGCAUUCGUACCUUCGUUCCUGGCGGCUUACACGACCUUGACUGAUCAGUCACUGGCCCCAACUGAUCACCUGUUCCAGGCACUCCACCAACUGAAAUACUACCUCGAGAAUCACCGACAACAAUGGAUCAUGGUCGUUCUCGACGUGGAGCUUCUGGCCGAGGAGAGGACAAUUCCCGAUCCUACCUCUUCUGAUCAGAAAAGAGUCAUCAAUUGGUUUCUACCAACCCGAGGACAAGUCAUUAUGACGGGCCUGCUUGGACGCGCCAUUACAGGCCCAUCACUUAUACACUGGAUCCAAGUCCCGGGACUAUCCCCCAGUGAUGUCGAGUGGUAUGCGCGAUCAGAAUGCUCGGAGCUCCUCGACCUAGCGCGAGAUCCCUGUAGUCCGGUUGUGUCUGAUUUGCCCAUGCCUCUCGAUCUCCAGAUCGUGGCAGCCAACUUGAAACUCCUUGGUUGCACUUAUCGCCAUUAUCUCGCCUUCUACACCAGCUACGUGCGAGAAGUUGCAGUAGCUACCGUGAAAGAUGGCCUGUGGACUUUCUAUCCAGCCGAUGUCAAUCGACAAAUUCUGUGGGACCUGCUGGCAGACCGCAGUCGCUGGGCUAUACGACUGUUGUCUGCAUUGACGCUCCUUGCACCCUGGGCGAUUCCUCUGGCGCUAAUGCAGGAGAUGCCCAUGUUCAAGAACACCAUUGCCGAUCGACUGGGACCUGCCCUGGAUUUGCUCCAGUCUCUCCAGAUUCUCAUGGUCAAAGAUGCUCACGUCUACAUCCAUCAACAUCUGCAUCUAUGGUUCCGCGGCUAUGCUCACAGAAAGCUUCACCCUAAUGAUUGGUAUGCCCUGCGCUCAACGAGUGCCGAGGCUCUGACAUAUUCUAUGCCGCAUUUUGCAGCGAAAGGUUUCUAUGACUGUUGGACACUCGUCCCCCACAUCUUUGCACUCAACGUUUCUAUACUCAGAAGAAAGUUGCACUAUACCGACCGAAUCUUCACCUUUCUGACGAAUGCUGUUGAAUUGGCGGUGUAUCGACUCGAAGACCAAACCAUCUCUUACGGACUGUUGAGGACUGCCUCGCUCGUAUCAUACGCGCUGGCGCCCAUACCAGGGACUCAUCCAGGUGACGUGGCCGAUCUACGCUCUGCCAAACUCAGCGUGGCCAGGGCCCAAGCGUUCUUUACCGAGGCCGUCGCCGAUGGGUUCCCUGAUUUUGCUACCACUGAAACUGAAGUACACCGAGCCUUACGGUACGUCCGCCACGUGAGAGACGACCAUGACUUCUGGCGCAUGCGCGAACAACUCUACGCUCUUGAAGCGCGCACGAUGCUUGGUCGAGCCCCAUUGUCUCGCAUCAGAAAGUUCCUCGACCGCGCUCUCGACAAAUGCGGGCUCGAAGCAUCUGAAUUGCACCACCUCAUGUCGGUCAUUUUGAACACCGAAGAUGAACGAAGAGGAGCCCUGGACCACUCUCACGAGGCGAUGCUUUAUUAUGCUCAGUGCUACAAGCCCGAUGGACGCCCAAAAUUGAACAGAGACGCAAAAGUUGUCGUAGGUCAUCACAUCAAGAUCCUGGUAAAGGAAAGGAAAUGGAGGGGAGCCCUGCUUUUCAUCCGGCCGUUGCUCGAAGAAGAGUUAACAUCCUCUCCCCACCGUUCCACUACAGUUUGGAUUCUGACCAGUCAGGCGAUCGACUGCUAUCGAGCUAUGUUGAGACUGUCCGAAGCAGAAGCGCUUUUGUAUCGAAUUCUCGAUGCUGACUUUACGGGAGAAGGCGGCACAAGCGAAGGAAGAACUCAUCACUUCGUUGACGAAAUUGUGCAAAGAUCUUUCAUAUUUUUCUUGGAAACCUUAGUCUCGAUGAGCUCGCUGUAUUACUGCCACGGCAGGCUUAUAGAAGCAGAAGCCUUGCUCAGAUACGUCAUAUGGGCGGCAAUAUUCAGGUCAGUGGGCAUGGCAGGUCGAGCGGACUCUCAAGUGGCCGAUUGGUAUCGUAAACUAAUCAUUUGUCUUGCCCGCCGCCGACAUUGGUCUGCAUUGAUGCAGAAGCAGCUGGACUACUGGUACCUCUUCGGCGAUCAUUUCGAUGGACGUGCAGCGACAGACGGACUAGGAGUCGGACUAUACAGCAGUACAGAGACUUACCAGCGUGCAAUUUGGGCGUACGAAGAUGGAGAAUACGACGAAUGGAAAUUGUCCCUUGCGGAAGACGAGGCCAGGAGAGCUUUCAGCAUUGCGGAAACCUCUUGGGGCAACGUUCCCGAACGAGUCGAGGACGGCCGAGACUUCUCCAGUGAUCUCGAUCUUGACGGCAUCACGCAUGCAAAGAGGAGCAGAUUACUGCAUCUGCUAGGAUGCGACAUUGUUGGUAUUACUUUCGUUGGCCGACUCGGUCCUCAGACGCGAAUUGCACGCGUUAUUUUCCGUGCUGAAGAAGGCGGCAUUGACAUAGAGUUCGAUAACGACACUCCCAAGAGUCCGCCACUGUUACCGGCCACCUCAGCCGAGCAGACUCGUGAAGAGCAGAGUCUCGACACAACUGAAAUUGUGGAUGGACCCUGUGCACCUGGGGACGGCGUCACAUCGGCCGGUGCCAAUGCUAUCUUGACACAGCCCUCACAAACUUCCGAGUUGCCUCUCGAUGAGCCCACGGCUGAAGUUUGUGAAGGGAAUCACAAUUCGAAUGCGAAUUGUCAGCAAAACAGCACUUCUUCCACAAAUCUCCAAAGCAAUGGCCCCAACACCAAAGCCCACGUCGCUGAAUCACAAGCGGGCCAUAGUGAGGACGACGAUGAAGAGUCCAAUGAUCAAGAACCUGUUCGUGGCCGAAAACCCGGCAACAGGUCGUCUCGCAUACGACGCCGAGUCGGUCAUUAUAGCGACACGCACGAUGCCCGUUUGCACCUCAUCAACAUUUGGGCCAACCAUUCCUUUCAGCGCACUCUGCCUGAGUACUGGUCAUGGUGCUACUGUAGCCGACACCGGAAUCGCAGUAGCAGUAUUAACCCGGUUGAGCUGAUCGAAGGAGCAUUUCUCCGGCAACGCUCUUUAGCUGCCGAACAGCGCGCACGGCCAAAACUCCAGCAGAAGAAGAUCACGGAUUCUUAUCCUCUGCUUCCUCAUUCACCAAAGCCUCGUCCUCAAGGCUGUCAUGCUAAAUGCCCCUGCAUAGAAGCCAACAAGCGCGGCGCAGAAGAGUACACUGCCCUCCUAGCCAGCCUUACCACGUGGCCCGAUGAUGAUCCCACUCCGCCACCAGCACCGAAAAUCUGUCCACCACUCUCCGUGUACACCGGCAAGCAGCGGCCCAAAGGCAGAUUUGUCCGCCCCAUGCGGCCCCCUCCAACGCUGUUGCUCGACGAGGUCUUCUACUGUGAGGAGCAGCUAACAUCGACGCCGAAAUUUGUUCUUUGCCCGACACGCCCAGAACACGGAGGUCAAACUACUUGGCUGCCUGCGAAAGGGGAAUGCCAAACCGAGGCAGUUUCUGGUGGCGACGGCGAUCAGGAAAAGCGUCUACCAGACUCAACACAUCCCAAAGCACCGCCGGGCUUAGGCACCACGUGGGUGUGGAUGCAAAUGGAGGUCUGGUCAGUGGAUGGGCGCGGCGAGAACUACGUGGUGCCUCGCGGCACACCUUGGCUGAACAUCACACUCACGGAAGAUGACUGGAGCUUGCCCGUGCCCGGCAGAAACCGUUGGUAUUGGCGGGACGUCACCGAUCAGAGGGAGAAGGAUAAGCACAAAUCGCUGGGCGAGGGAAUGGGAGAGUUAGUGAGCGUGCUGACGAAGAGGAAGGAGAAGAUCUGGGAGUAUUUUUCACGCAGAGCGUUUGGGCCUGCACAGCGAGUCAAGCAGGAAAGGCAGAUGGAAUGGAACUCGAGGCUUCCGACGAAGUUGGAUAAUGUUCAGGAAGAAGAGGAUGAGGAGAAGGGAAAGCAGAGGGAGGAGUGUGGCGAGCCGAGUAAGGAGAAGAAAGAAAUAUGCGAACCCGAGGACGACGAUGGGCUAUCGUCGGUUAGCGAUGUCGAUAUGCAGACCGCGCUGCUGGACAGCUUCAGAACAGCGACGGUGGCCAUCGAGGAAGAUUUGGAUUCAACGACUUCCAAAGAGGCAGGGAGAAGCUUAGAUAUCGACGAGCCCGAGCCCGACUCCAAGACUGCAGACGACAAUCCAGCUGAGAAGCCCGCAGCGAGUGAAGACGCAGCCGGCUUCCUCCCCUCCUGGGGCGUGCAUGAGGCGGACGCAAUCACGAUGGAUUGA